GCAGCAGCCACUCGCUCUCCCCACCUCGUCUCUCUUCCACUCAUCCCCUCCCUCGCCCCUUCGCCUCGCCUCUCUUCUUCGGAUCGAGCAGCAGUACUGCACUGCAUGCCGCCGAUACAAAUCCCAUCCUCUCCCUCCUCUACUGCACCUGCACCACAGUAGCUAGCUAGCUAUCUUUGCUACGGCGGCUCUGUAAUCUGGUCCACUAGCGCUCCAUUCGACCCCACCCACAGCCAUGGCUGCCGUGACCGCGGCGGCCGUCUCUCUGCCCUCCUCCUCCUCCUCCCCUGCCGCCGCCAAGGCCAAGGCGUCCGCGUCCGCGUCCCCGUCGUCUCCAUGCGGCCACCUCCAGUUCCCGCGGCGGCACGGCGGCCCGCGCGCGGUGCGGCUGCGCGUGCAGGUGUCCACCACCGAGACCGCGGAGGCGGAGCCGGUCAAGAAGCUGGAGAAGGUGUCCAAGAAGCAGGAGGAGGGGCUCGUCACCAACAAGUACAAGCCCAAGGAGCCGUACGUCGGGAGGUGCCUGCUCAACACCAGGAUCACCGGCGACCAAGCGCCCGGGGAGACGUGGCACAUGGUCUUCAGCACAGAAGGCGAGGUCCCCUACAGAGAGGGCCAGUCCAUCGGCGUCAUCGCGGAUGGCGAGGACAAGAACGGCAAGCCGCACAAGCUCAGGCUCUACUCCAUCGCCAGCAGCGCCCUCGGAGAUUUCGGCGACUCCAAGACGGUGUCGCUGUGCGUGAAGAGGCUGGUCUACACCAACGAUCAGGGGGAGGUCGUCAAAGGAGUCUGCUCGAACUUCCUCUGUGACUUGAAGCCAGGCGCUGAGGUGAAGAUCACAGGGCCAGUGGGCAAGGAGAUGCUCAUGCCCAAAGACCCCAACGCAACAAUCAUCAUGCUCGCAACGGGUACCGGCAUCGCUCCGUUCCGCUCCUUCUUGUGGAAGAUGUUCUUCGAGGAGCACGAGGACUACAAGUACACCGGGCUGGCGUGGCUGUUCCUGGGCGUCCCGACCAGCGACACCCUGCUGUACAAGGAGGAGCUGGAGAAGAUGAAGGAGAUGGCGCCGGACAACUUCCGGCUGGACUUCGCGGUGAGCCGGGAGCAGACGAACGCGGCCGGGGAGAAGAUGUACAUCCAGACGCGCAUGGCGGAGUACAAGGAGGAGCUGUGGGAGCUGCUCAAGAAGGACAACACCUACGUCUACAUGUGCGGGCUCAAGGGCAUGGAGAAGGGCAUCGACGACAUCAUGCUCGACCUCGCAGCCAAGGACGGGAUCAACUGGUUGGACUACAAGAAGCAGCUCAAGAAGAGCGAGCAAUGGAACGUCGAAGUCUACUGAUGAUGAUCCUUCAUUGUAUUGUUCAGCUCAAGCAAUCUGGUGGUGAUGAGUUUGCAUUGCAUUGUACGUAGUAUUGCGGAGAUCAAUCGAAUCGUUUGGCUCGUCGUCAUUCUAUCGAUGUACAUACAUUAUAUAUGAUGAAAGACAUAUAUAAUCGUUUCUUUCAGGAAUUUGUUGUCUCUCUGCACGUGAAUUUGUUGCGAGAAAGAAAGGACACACAUUAGCCUUUUCUUUAUUAGGGCAAUUAUGAAUUAUACCCUUCUCUGAUUCUGAUUUUACUUUUUUC